CGGCCGCGCGAGAGGAGGUGCCGCGAGUGGGUGCGUGUGAGAGCGAGCGGGCCACCCCGCCCAACCAGUGCCAUGAGUGACGAUGAUGAUUUCCACAUCAGUCAAAGCGGGCUGGUGGCCCGGAGUCCCGAGGGCCACGCGGCGCGCGGCAUGCAGAUCAAAGGCAACGAGGAUGUCUGGAUCGAGAUCCAGGCGCACACCUUCAAAAACUGGGUCAACGAGAAGCUGGUGCCCUCGGGGCUACAGGUCAACGAUCUGGCCAACGACCUAUGCGACGGCGUCUGUCUCGUCACUCUGGUGGAGAUCCUGCAGAAGAAGAAGCUGCGCAAGAUCUCGCGGCCGAUGAAUCAGCACCAGUGGCUGGAGAACGUGGCCACUGCGCUGCGAGCCAUUGAGCAGGACGGCAUCAAACUAGUCAACAUUGGAAACGUAGACAUCGUGAACGGCAACCAGAAGCUCAUCCUCGGUCUCAUCUGGAGCCUGAUCAUGAAGUACCAGAUUGGACAGUCCAAGUUCCCGCCCAAGAAGCUCAUGCUCUCGUGGCUGCAGGGUGUUCUGCCAGACUGCCGGGUGAACAACUUCACCACCGACUGGAACUCGGGCGUCAACCUCAACGCGCUGGUGGACUACUGCAAGCCGGGCCUGGCACCCAACUGGAAGAACUUGGACCCCAGGAAAGGAGUGGAGAACAACCGCAGUGCGAUGAGCCUGGCCAAGAAGCACUUCGGCAUCCCCACAGUGCUGGAUCCUGAAUAUCUGGCCUCGCCCUACAUAGACGAGCUCUCUGGCAUGACGUACCUGUCCUACUUCAUGAACAAGGACGGCCCGGGCUACAAGUCAACCCUGGACUGGGUGCGCCAGGAGCUGCCGGACGAGAAGAUCAACAACUUCACCACGGACUGGAACGACGGCAUCAAGCUGAACAAGCUGAUUCGAAACCAUGGCGGUCGCGUGCCGCCCCCGGAGACGCUCAGACGGCACCCGGACCACUGGGAGGACAACCUGCAGAAAGCGGUGGACGCGGGUACCCGGCUGGGCGUGCCACCGCCACUGAUGAAGCCGCGUGACCUGGCCGACCCCGAGGUGGACUACAUCGGACCCAUGUCGUACGUGGCGCGCUACAUGUGGCUGCCGCGCCGCGAGGUGCCGCAGCAGCAGCUGCGCGCCGUCUGCACCACCAAGGCCGUUCGCGUCGGAGAGCCGGUGACGUUUCGUCUGGACUUCCUGGACGGCUCGCCGGUGGACCCGGCCGACCUGCGAGUGGACGUGCUGGGCCCCGGGUCGCGGUCGGGCCGCGUCCAGAUGCGGCCCGACGACAGCGGUAUCACCUGCACCUUCACACCCGACGAAAUGGGCAUGCAUCAGGUGCGCGUCUACCACGAGAAGGACCUGGUGGAUGGGUGCCCGUUCAGCGUGAGGGCCGUGCCGCUCAUCAAGCUGACGCCUCGGCCGUCCGGGAUCGACCCCUGCGCGCUCGGUUCCACCGUCGAAGUGCUGAUCAACCCGACGGAGGCGAGCGACGGCCGGAUCAUCGUGACGGCGUACUCGCCGCUGCACCGGCCGCUCGACUGCCCCGUCUCCUGCACCGACGGCGUCUACUCGGCCAAGUUCCAGCCGGACGAGGUCGGCGAGUGGAAGAUCCAUGUCACCUACGAGGGCCAGCACAUCCAGGGCUCGCCCUUCAACUGCUUCGUCUAUGAUCCGCACGCCGUCAGGGUGGGCGAACUGGAGGGCACGGAGCCGGACCGGCCGUUCACGUUCAUGGUGGACGCGCGGGACGCCGGCUGGGGGGAAGCCAGGACGGACAUCGUGUGGGAGGCGCGCUCACUGCCGCACACGCUGACCGAGAUCGAGAAGGACUUGUACCGCGUCACCGUCACGCCCCCCGACUACGGAAAGUACCGCGUGUACAUCUACUUCAACGGCAUCGAGGUCAAAGGUAACCCAUUCAAGCUGCGCGUGGACAAGAACGGCAAGCACUCCAUCACCAAGCGGUCGAUGAACUCGACGGUGAACGCCAGCCGCCUGAACGAGCUGAACAGCCGGCUGAAGGCGUCGCCGCCGCCGCGCGUCAAGAGCCCCGAGGAGGACAUCCAGUGGAUGCGCUCCACGCUGGAGGAGAUGAAAAGUGGUCUGCAUUAUCAGGACGCUCCACAAUCGCAGCCAUACCCCUAUCGCGUCGAGCCCCACGCGCCGCCGGAUGGCGGUACACACACGAGCCGGCUGGUGACGGAGCGGUACGGGCCGCGGGACGGCAGCCCGGCCGAUCGGCGGCGCUCCCCCAAGCCGGGCGGCUUCACCACCAGGACGGAGCGGUACGUCACUGGCCCGCCGGCCGACCGCUCGCGCUCUCCGACCAUGGUCACCAGCAGCGUCACCACCCGCACAGACCGCUACGGCGUCGACCCGAGGUCGGCCAGCCCGCGGCCGCGAUCCCCUCAGCCGGGCAGCUUCACCACCAGGACGGAGCGGUACUCUACCCUGCCGCGGGCUGCCAGUCCCCCGCCUGUGGGGACAAGCUAUACGACAAGGACAGAGCGGUACUCUACCCUGCCGCGGGCCGCCAGUCCUCCACCUGUGGGGACAAGCUACACGACAAGGACAGAGCGGUACUCUACCCUGCCGCGGGCCGCCAGUCCUCCACCUGUGGGAACAAGCUACACGACAAGGACAGAGCGGUACGUCCCAGAGCCGCGCGGGCCCAGUCCAGCUCCGGUUCGGUACCUGAGCCCUCGGCAACGCUCGCCGUCGCCGCCCGCCGCCACGUACACGCGCCACGUGGAGCGGCACGUGGAGCGGCACGUGACGGAGCGGCGCAGCGACAGCCCGGAGAGCGGGGACGAGGCGCGCGGCCGGCCGACGCGGCGGUCCUCGCCGCCCGUCUACUCUAACACGACACAGUACCGGCCGGAGCGGCGCGAGAUCACGCAGAGCGUGCUGAACCCGCGGCACAGCCGGAGCCCGGCCCCGGUGGUCGACGGGCCCGGACGGCCGCGCGUCACGCGGCGCGUGGUGGAGGAGACUGAGAUUGACUACAUCUACCCGCCCUCCACCGACUCUAGUCCUGACCGGCCGGCGCGCCCGGAGGAGCGAGAUACGCCCGAGCGCCGCCCGCCGCUGGAGAAGUACACCACUACCACGACGUACCGGCCGCAGGAGCGGGACCGGCCGGACCAGCGGCGGACCCCCCGAGCGUUACACGACGACGAAGACACGCACCGGCCGCACGACCGCGACACGCCCGAGCGCUACACCAGCACUGUGACGAAGACGACGCGCACGCGCACCACCGAGGAACGUCCGACGCCCGAUCGGCUGGCGGUGCCGGGCCAGGCGACGCGACCCCGUUCGCCAUCCCCGGGGCGCCUCGAGCCGCUGCGCAGCGCGCCGGGAUCGAGUCCCGAGCCGCCCUUCCGCAAGACGGCCAAGGUGGUGCGCAACGGCGUGGCGCGGCCGGUGCGCCCGCCGCCCGGCGACGAGAGCUACGACGAGCUGCGCCAGCUGUUCGAGCGCACCGUCAGCAGGGUGCGCCGCGACUCCAGCGAGCCCGAGCCGGGCCUGCGCGUGCUGCGCGAGACCAAGACGCUUGACGACGGCCGCGAGGUGACGCGCGAGGUCACCAUACGAGACCCAUCAGACCGUCGCGUCCCCUGCAGCAUCAGCAAAACCGGCGACGACUUCCUCGUCAAAUACCUGCCCCAGACGGUGGGGGACCACGAGAUCGACAUUCUGCUGCGCGGGGAGCCGAUCCCCGGCUCGCCGCUGGGCAGCAGCGUCUACAACACGUCCCAGAUCAGCGUGGCCAGCAUCCCGGACGGCACGGUCGGCCGGCCCGUCCAGUUCGAGAUUGAUGGUUCCAGAGCCGGCGCCGGUAACCUGGAGAUCCUGGUGAACGGCGGUCACGUGACGUCCUACGUCAAGGACCUGGGCCAGCAGCGCUUCAUGGCUUCGUUCGUGCCCCACCACGCCAUGAAGCACAUGAUCGAGAUGAAGUUCAACGACGAGGACGUGCCAGGAAACGUAGACAUCGUGAACGGCAACCAGAAGCUCAUCCUCGGUCUCAUCUGGAGCCUGAUCAUGAAGUACCAGAUUGGACAGUCCAAGUUCCCGCCCAAGAAGCUCAUGCUCUCGUGGCUGCAGGGUGUUCUGCCAGACUGCCGGGUGAACAACUUCACCACCGACUGGAACUCGGGCGUCAACCUCAACGCGCUGGUGGACUACUGCAAGCCGGGCCUGGCACCCAACUGGAAGAACUUGGACCCCAGGAAAGGAGUGGAGAACAACCGCAGUGCGAUGAGCCUGGCCAAGAAGCACUUCGGCAUCCCCACAGUGCUGGAUCCUGAAUAUCUGGCCUCGCCCUACAUAGACGAGCUCUCUGGCAUGACGUACCUGUCCUACUUCAUGAACAAGGACGGCCCGGGCUACAAGUCAACCCUGGACUGGGUGCGCCAGGAGCUGCCGGACGAGAAGAUCAACAACUUCACCACGGACUGGAACGACGGCAUCAAGCUGAACAAGCUGAUUCGAAACCAUGGCGGUCGCGUGCCGCCCCCGGAGACGCUCAGACGGCACCCGGACCACUGGGAGGACAACCUGCAGAAAGCGGUGGACGCGGGUACCCGGCUGGGCGUGCCACCGCCACUGAUGAAGCCGCGUGACCUGGCCGACCCCGAGGUGGACUACAUCGGACCCAUGUCGUACGUGGCGCGCUACAUGUGGCUGCCGCGCCGCGAC